GGCUUGUGACACAUUCCUGUGAUGCGCGAGUCUGCUGCAAGCAAGGAUGGGAAGGUUGAAGUGACGAAAGAAGGUGUGAAGUUGUGCACCAUGGGACCUGGCAAAGUAUUCGGGGAGUUAGCCAUCCUCUACAAUUGCACCCGGACAGCAACUGUCAAAACUCUCGUAAAUGUGAAACUUUGGGCUAUUGAUCGGCAAUGUUUUCAAACAAUAAUGAUGAGGACAGGCCUUAUCAAGCAUACUGAGUAUAUGGAAUUUUUAAAAAGUGUUCCCACGUUCCAGAGCCUUCCCGAGGAGAUACUUAGUAAGCUUGCAGAUGUCCUCGAAGAGACGCACUAUGAAAGCGGAGAGUAUAUUAUAAGACAAGGUGCUCGAGGGGACACUUUCUUCAUAAUCAGCAAAGGAAAGGUGAAUGUUACUCGCGAAGACUCCCCCAGUGAAGAUCCAGUCUUUCUCCGCACUUUAGGGAAAGGAGAUUGGUUCGGAGAAAAAGCCCUUCAAGGGGAGGAUGUCAGAACAGCCAAUGUCAUUGCGGCUGAAGCCGUAACUUGUCUUGUCAUAGACAGAGACUCAUUCAAACAUCUGAUUGGCGGUCUAGACGACGUUUCCAAUAAAGCCUAUGAAGAUGCCGAAGCAAAAGCAAAAUAUGAAGCCGAAGCUGCCUUCUUCGCCAACCUGAAACUGUCUGAUUUCAACAUCAUUGACACCCUUGGAGUUGGAGGGUUUGGACGAGUUGAACUGGUCCAGUUGAAAAGUGAAGAAUCGAAAACGUUUGCCAUGAAGAUAUUGAAGAAACGGCACAUAGUGGACACGAGACAGCAGGAGCACAUACGGUCAGAGAAGCAGAUAAUGCAGAGCGCUCACUCGGACUUCAUCGUGAGGCUGUACAGGACGUUCAAGGACAGCAAGUAUUUGUACAUGCUGAUGGAAGCCUGUCUAGGUGGAGAACUCUGGACAAUUCUCAGGGACAGAGGUUCAUUUGAAGAUUCGACGACCAGAUUUUAUACCGCGUGCGUGGUCGAAGCUUUUGCCUAUUUGCAUUCCAAAGGAAUCAUUUAUAGGGACCUCAAGCCAGAAAACCUCAUUCUGGAUCAUCGAGGUUAUGCCAAACUGGUUGAUUUUGGCUUUGCAAAGAAAAUAGGAUUUGGAAAGAAAACAUGGACUUUUUGUGGAACUCCAGAGUACGUAGCCCCAGAGAUCAUCCUGAACAAAGGUCACGACAUUUCAGCAGACUACUGGUCACUGGGAAUCUUAAUGUAUGAACUCUUGACUGGCAGUCCGCCUUUCUCAGGCCCAGACCCCAUGAAGACCUAUAAUAUCAUAUUAAGGGGAAUUGACAUGAUUGAAUUUCCAAAGAAGAUUGCCAAAAAUGCUGCUAAUUUAAUUAAAAAACUAUGCAGGGACAAUCCAUCAGAAAGAUUAGGGAACUUGAAAAAUGGAGUAAAAGAUAUCCAAAAGCACAAAUGGUUUGAAGGCUUUAACUGGGAAGGGUUGCGAAAAGGAACACUGACACCUCCUAUAAUACCCAGUGUUGCAUCUCCGACAGACACAAGCAAUUUCGACAGCUUCCCUGAGGACAAUGAGGAACCGCCCCCUGAUGACAACUCAGGAUGGGACAUAGAUUUUUAAUGUAUCUCUCUUACCUGCUUCUGCCUUGCUGAAGACAGCUUCCUGGGACAUGGCUGCCAGCAAAACUGAAAGAAUUGGGGAGGAUUAGUGCUCGGGGUCACCAUGAUGCCUUGAUUGAUGCUGCUACAGUAACUACAGUGGCAUUAGGACUUCUUGCUUAGAUGACAAUAGUGCUCUUCAUGUUUUAUGUUCAAACUUAAAAUAGCAGUUGACAUGGUGGUCCUGAUGCAAAGCCUUUCACCAGUAAAGAAAUACAUUUUCUAUCACUGCAACAAUCUUGCUAUGCUCUAAUUAUAAAAGUGGAAAGAUACAUAGUGUAAGAUACACUUAAUUCUAGCUGCAAGGUACUGGCUUUAUCAGUAGGAUCAAUAGUAAAUUAUUAAGUACUGUAGCUAAGCACAGUACAGGAUUUGGGCUACUCCCACCCGUCAAACUCUGUAGGUCUUCUACCGUAGGCCAGUGUAGAAACAAAGGAGGACCACAAAAAUACUGGUCAGAGGGUUCAUGUCAAAGCAGUGGUAAAACUUGUCCUUUUUCUUUCCAAGCAGUUUUCAUGACGAGACUGAAUGUUACCGUUCCUCUUUCUUUUUGAUAAUCUUUUUUGAACCUGAUGUAACAAAAGCACAACUGCUAUAGAUUCUGUUAAGAACUGUUAAGGCAGAAAUGGGUCGCUUCUCGCAUACGGCUGAGAACAUAGUGUAACACAAGGGGUAUUUUUUUUUCCUUCCUUUUUGGUACAAAUACAUAAUUGCAUGGAAAAAAAUCAUAAAAUUAUCCAUUUCACAUAUAAAAUAGUGUUUAAAUAAUGGUCCUAUAAUAAAGUGUCAACAGCCAACCGGUCUGAUUGAUUAGCUAUUAGACAUGAAACUAAGCUUAACUUUUACCUUUUUAGAACCCAAAGGAAAAUAUAAGACCCAUAAUGUACUUUAUAGGUGCUAUGUACAUCCUUCAUCUGUGAAUAUGCCUAUUCAGUCAAUGACCAUUUCAGAAAUAUGUAGCAACAGGCAUUGUUUUCCAUCAUGCUCUAAGAACAGAAAACUUUUAAGUCUCCGUUCCUGCAUCUCUUCCAUGUUUAUUUCAAAGCCAAUUUUUAAAAAAAUGAAACAUACGGUAGGGGGGCCAGUGUGCUGGCUCUCUUUGGAAAACUGCACAUCGAAACGCAAUUCUAGUGCCGCACCAGAGUAAGUCAGAAGAUACUCACAGAAAAGUCAGUGGAAUUAAAGAGAAAAUUGUUCUUAGCUUAACAUAGACAUGUUGUGUUUUGCAUGAGAUUUACUGGUCUGCAUAUCCCCAAAGUACCAAGUCCCCAGUGACCAUGUUGUGGCACGGUCAUGGCUAGAGCUGAGCCACCUCAUAUAAAUAGGGAAAAGAGUACUACUACGCCUGCGCUUUUCCCUCGCUUCCACAGCUUUUCUGCCAGAACGACUCCUUUGCUUUAGAGAAGUCCCUUCUGAUUUAUCCUGAAGUGUAACGAAAAAGAUCCAGUCCGGUAUGCCUACGUGCCAGGGGCUCCUGAGGCUAAAGGUUUAUCCUGUCAUUCCUGCGUGAAGCAGGAGCUCUCAGAUUCUGUGACUGACGCCGCCGAAACCUCGUGAUAUCCAUGCCUGCCCCAAGGUUAGCAGAUGCUGUCCCGUUUGAUUGCAGAGUUAUCAAGAGCUAUUAUAGACAGCGGAAGUCAAAAGACCAACUUUUGCUAGCCCAUGCUACAUAGUUGCAAUGGGUUAUCUGCUCUAAUUAUGGGUGAAGACACUUAGGAAUUACCUCUUACGUUUCAGUAACUCCUGGGAAUUGCUGACUUCUAUGGUGUUUGUGUCAACAUACACAAGUAAUUUCAUUGCAGGGGUAUUUUUGCAAAGGAUAAGACUCCAGGCUUUGACCUUGUUCCCCUGAGUAGGAGUUUUACCUCAAAAAGGGGUGUGCUAAGAAAACACGCGCAUCAACCGUAAAAAAAAAAAAAAAA